AUGGAGCGCGACGGCGACGACGCGUCGUCAUCAGAUCCAGAUCCGCGCGAGGACGACAUCCUCUUCAGCGCGCUCGUCGGCGCGCUGUCGCGCGGCGUCGACGCGUCGAAAGCGCGCGAGGUCGUGCGCCAGCAAUCCGUCCCGCCGCCAAUCGGGCUCGGGCCCUCGUGGGCGGCGACCGCGGCGGCGCUGGCGGAGGACGAGACGCGGAGAAGACGCGCGAGGGAGGCGCUCACCGUGCGCGUCGCGCUGCCGCCCGCGGAGGAUGAAGAUGAAGACGACGACGACGCGUCAACUUUGUCGCGGAGCGAAGCCUCCGCCUCCUCUCAUCACGGCAACCUCGCGUCGAAACUCGAGACGCUCGCGCGGAGGGCGUUCGACGGCCCGCGCGACCGCUUGGGAGGAAAGGCGGAGCGGUUCGCGGACGCGAACGGCGCGUCGCUCGCGGCGCCGCAGCUCGUCCGCGCGUCGUGGGACGGCGCACGGCGCGCGCGGUCGAAGAGCGUCGAGAACGCGAGAGAACGCGUCACAAACGACGACGAUCCCCCUCUGUAUAAUCCCUCCGUCGCGGCGAAGCGGCCGCGCGCGCCGGGCGUCGCGUGGGGGCCGCCGCGCGCGCCGCCCGACGCCAUCCGACGAUCCGCGACGAAGCGCGUCAGCCUGACGUGCGUUCUAUACACUGGUCCCCAUACGACCGCGUUCGCGUUGUGA